GCGAAUAGCUAUCUCGAUGUCUGACAUCCUUCCAAUGGCGAGAUAAUGGCGAAAAUGGGUCCGCUAUUCAAGGCAAUGAAAGGAGGUGCUGCAUUUGUCGAUUGGCGUUGAAGUUUGCUGAUGGUCGAUCGCGACGGACAGUUUGAUGAUCAGAGGGAGAAGCGACAGAGAACGGUUCAGGUGGCGGCUUCAAGGAGACUGCUGUGAUGCUACGUAGGCAACUGGAAGAAAAGGGCUUUUCUACCAUGAGAGAGUGUGUGUGAGCCCGGUUUUCUGGAGACACAGGAGCUCUUCCGAUCCGGUUUUUAUUGUUUUAGUUUCAUUUUUUAUUUUGCUUAUUGGUUUGUUUUUCGUCGUUUAGGAUACAGUGAAGAUACGCGGCGAGCUGGUGAAGUUUUGGGGAAUGGCAGGUCGAAGCCGAAGAGCAUGGUUUAGUGUUCUGUUGGGACUGGUUGUCGGGUUCACCCUGGCUUCCAGACUCAUUUUACCCAAGGCGACCGAGUUGAAGAAAGCUGGACAGAAACGAAAAGCAAACCCUGCCGGUUGUGGCUUGAACGGGGGUCUGAGGAAGGAAUACAGCGGAGUGUUAUGGCCACCGCAAGAUAACGGUUCACCGGUGACCGAGAAACCUGGCUCCAGGUCCAGUAAUUUCCUGUUCGUUGGUGUCAUGACUGCCCAGAAGUACCUGAACAGCCGAGCCGUGGCGGCGUACAGGACUUGGGCACAGACAAUUCCAGGUCAUGUGGAGUUCUUCUCCAGUGAGGGCUCUGACACCUCUAUACCCAUUCCCAUAGUGGCUCUUAGGAAUGUGGAUGACUCGUACCCACCCCAGAAGAAGUCCUUCAUGAUGCUCAAGUACAUGCACGACCAUUAUCUGGACAGGUACGAGUGGUUCAUGAGGGCCGAUGACGACGUCUACAUUAAGAGUGAGAAACUGGAGAGCUUCCUGCGCAGCCUCAACAGUAGUGAGGCCAUCUUCCUUGGCCAAACAGGCAUGGGGGCCCGGGACGAGCUAGGGAAACUGGCCCUGGAGCCUGGGGAAAACUUCUGCAUGGGAGGGCCAGGGGUCAUCAUGAGCCGCGAGGUCCUCAAGAGGAUGGUCCCCCACAUCAGAGAGUGUCUGCAGGAGAUGUACACUACCCAUGAAGAUGUGGAGGUGGGCCGGUGUGUCAGGAGGUUUGCUGGGGUCCAGUGUGUCUGGUCCUAUGAGAUGCAGCAGCUCUUCUAUGAGAACUACGAGCCAAACAAGAAGGGCUACAUACGAGAUCUCCACAACAGCAAGAUCCAUCGAGCCAUCACACUGCACCCUAACAAGAACCCUCCCUACCAGUACCGCCUCCACAGCUACAUGCUGAGCCGCAAGAUCGCUGACCUGCGCCACAGAACCAUCGAGCUCCACCGGGAGAUCGUCCAGAUGGGACGCUACGGAGCGGCCGAGCCCAGCCGAGACGACCUCCAGCUCGGUAUGCCGCCCUCAUUCAUGCGCUUCCACCCACGGCAGAGGGAGGAGGUUCUGGAGUGGGAGUUCCUGACAGGGAAGUACCUGUUCUCAUCAAAUGAUGGUCAGCCACCCCGACGUGGGAUGGAUUCCUCCCAGAGACAAGCCCUGGACGACAUCAUCAUGCAAGUGAUGGAGAUGAUCAACGCCAAUGCCAAGACACGGGGCCGCGUCAUUGAUUUCAAAGAAAUCCAGUACGGCUACCGGAGGGUGAAUCCUUUAUACGGGGCAGAGUAUGUGCUGGAUCUGCUGCUGCUGUACAAGAAGCACAAAGGAAAGACCAUGACGGUUCCUGUGAGGAGGCACGCCUACCUGCAGCAGACCUUCAGCCAGAUCCAGUUCAGAGAGGAGGAGGAGAUGGAUGCCAGAGCUCUGGCCAGCCAUAUUAACAAAGAGUCAGACUCCCUCUCAUUUCUGUCCAACUCCCUGAAGAUGCUGGUUCCCUUUAAGCUGGCCACCUCUGGACAGGACCAGAGGGAACCGAAGGAGAAGAAAGUCAACAUCUUGGUCCCUCUGUCGGGACGGUAUGACAUCUUUGUGCGCUUCAUGGCCAACUUUGAACGAGUGUGUCUGAUCCCCAACCAGAAUGUCAAGCUGCUGAUCCUGCUCUUCAGCACAGACAACAACACAGAGCGGGUGAAGCAGGUGGAGCUCAUGAGGGAGUAUCACAUGAAGUAUCCCCGGGCCGAGAUGGAGAUAAAGCCCGUCGCCGGCUCCUUCUCCAGGGCUCUGGCUCUGGAAGUCGGCUCCUUGCAUUUCUCCAACGAUUCGCUGCUCUUCUACUGUGACGUGGAUCUGCUCUUCACCAGCGACUUCCUCAAGCGAUGUCGGAGCAACACCGCCCUCGGGGAGCAAACCUACUUCCCCAUCAUCUUCAGCCAGUAUGACCCUAAGGUGGUGUACGCUGGGAAGGUCCCCAGCAACAACCACUAUGUCUUCACCUCCAAGACGGGCCUGUGGAGGAACUACGGCUUUGGGAUUGUUUGUGUCUACAAGGGAGACUUGGUCCAGGCUGGAGGCUUCGACACCUCCAUACAGGGGUGGGGACUGGAGGACGUGGACCUUUUCAAUAAAUUUGUCCAGUCAGGGAUUAAGUUGUUCAGAAGUACAGACACAGGGAUAGUACACGUCCACCACCCGGUCAUAUGUGAUCCCAACCUGGAGGCCAAGCAGUAUAAGAUGUGCCUGGGCUCCAAAGCCUCGUCGCACGGCUCCACCCAGCAGCUGGCCGAGCUCUGGCUGGAGAAGAACGACCUCAGCUUCAGGAGACUGGCCAGCAAUAACGGCUCAGUUAGGACAGUGUGAGUGAGGCCGGGCUGCAGACUGUCACAAACUGAACCUGAACCCUCUCUGUGCUCAUUUCCUCCUCUUAGUGGUGUUUUCACUACCUAAUUUAUUUUUUACUGAAAUGAAAGACUUCACAUGGAUAUCUCUUGAAAACAUGUCUUUUUUUUUUUUUUUUUUUU